AAAACGAUCCUCGCCUCUUCUGUCAGUCCAUCCCGCCCCUCGGCGUGCGUGCCAAUCCUUCCCAGCGUACACGCCGGACGCAGACACGCCACCGGAGACGCAAGCAGCCGUUAACGCCGGCCGCAGUUUUGGCACCGAUUGAUCGAGCUCUGUAGCUCAGUUCUACGGGCAGCCGGCGAUGACUACCUCGUCGUCAGGGAGCAUCGAGACGUCGGCCAAUUCGAGGCCGGGGUCCUUCUCCUUCGCGAAUGCGAGCUUCACGGACAUCCUGGGGGGAUCCGCGGGCGGCGGCAGCGCGUCCGGAGGCUACAAGGCCAUGACCCCGCCUUCCCUGCCGCUCUCGCCCUCGCUCAUGUCGCCGUCGUCCUACUUCAACAUGCCCGCCGGCAUGAACCUCGCCGAUUUCCUCGACUCGCCCGUUCUCCUGACCUCCAGUAUCUUCCCGUCACCCACAACGGGCGCGUUCGCGUCGCAGCAGUUCAACUGGAGGCCGGAGGCGCCGGUGCCGAGCGCCGAGCAAGGCGGCAAGGACGAGCAGCAGAGGCAGUCGGCGUACUCCGACUUCUCGUUCCAGACGGCUCUGCAGGGGAAGAACGAGGAGCAGGCCGCGCAGACGACGACGACGACCUUCCAGCCACCGGUUCCGCUGGCCCCACAACAGGGGGAGGAAGCGUACAGAGGUCAGCAGCAGCAGCCAUGGGGCGGCUACCAGCAACCUGCGGCUGCAGGCAUGGAAGCAAGUGCUAACAACCCAGCGAGCUUCACCGCGGCACCGCCGCUCCAGGCGACCUCGUCGGAGAUGGCGCCGCAUGCGCAGGGCGGCGGCGCGUACAGGCAGACGCACUCGCAGAGGCGGUCGUCGGACGACGGGUACAACUGGCGCAAGUACGGGCAGAAGCAGGUGAAGGGGAGCGAGAACCCGCGCAGCUACUACAAGUGCACCUUCCCCAGCUGCCCCACCAAGAAGAAGGUGGAGACCUCGCUGGAAGGCCAGAUCACCGAGAUCGUCUACAAGGGCACGCACAACCACGCCAAGCCGCUCAACACGCGCCGGAGCUCCGGCGCCGGCGGCGCGGCAGCGCAGGUGCUGCAGAGCGGUGCCGGCGGCGACACGUCCGAGCAUUCCUUCGGAGGAGGGGUCUCGGGCGGCGCGCACGUCACGACGCCCGAGAACUCCUCGGCGUCGUUCGGGGACGACGAGAUCGGCGGCGCGAGCUCGCCGCGGGCAGGCAACGACCUCGACGACGAUGAGCCGGAUUCCAAGAGAUGGAGGAAAGACGGCGACGGCGAGGGGAUCGGCGUGGGUGGCAACAGGACGGUGCGUGAGCCGAGGGUGGUGGUGCAGACCAUGAGCGACAUCGACAUCCUGGACGACGGCUACCGGUGGAGGAAGUACGGGCAGAAGGUCGUGAAGGGGAACCCGAACCCGAGGAGCUACUACAAGUGCACCACGGUGGGCUGCCCCGUGCGGAAGCACGUGGAGCGCGCGUCCCAGGACCUGCGCGCCGUGAUCACCACCUACGAGGGCAAGCACAACCACGACGUGCCCGCCGCCCGGGGCAGCGCCGCGCUCUACCGCCCCGCGCCACGGCCGGACAUGGCCGCCGCGGCCGCGAGCAGCCACUUCAUGGCGAACAACCAGCCGCCCGCCAUGCCGUACCAGCUGACAACCAAUAAUGCCGGGACGCAGUACGCGCCGAGGCCCGACGGUUUCGGCGGACAGAGCCAAGGCUCGUUUGGCUUCGGCGGCGGAUUCGGCUUCUCCGGGUCCGGGUUCGACAACCCGGCGGGGUCGUACAUGAGCCAGCACCAGCACCAGCAGAGGCACAACGACGCGAUGCACGCCUCGGCCGGCGCCAAGGAGGAGCCCCGAGAGGACAUGUUCUUCCAGCACCCGUCCCAGUACUGAAUACUGACGGACCAAAGAAUGGCAGAAAUGGGAAAAGGCCGGCCGGCCAUGACAUGAUGGAAUUGAUACUUUUGUUGUCUGUAAUUUGUAAUCGUACUAGGAUAGGCAUAGACGCAUUUGAUUAUUUGUUUGGAGGCCCCCAUAGUUGCAGAGGGCUGCACAGAAAGGGUGGCCUUCCUUAACACCUGGGAGAAAAAGAUACAGGGGUUUAGGAUACACAGAAGUUAGCGGGCAGUUUUGUUUCUGUCACAUAGGAAUAUGUGCAAUUCAAAUUUAAUUUACAAAGUUUUUUUGAAAGACUAUUUUUUACAACUAUUUUACCCUGUU